CAGCCUAUGAACUUUGUUUACGAGCUUCCGGUCACGUUGCAAAGUAGUUAAAAUUUUCUGAAGAUGGUAGGGAAAUCAUGUUAUCUCCGCUUUGACUUGAAUCUCACAGUCCCACAGGCCCAGAACUUCUGCCUUGAGAAAUGUGCGAACCUGGUCUCCAUCCACUCGGCAAAUGAAGUCCGCUUCAUCAUGACUAUCUACGAUUUUAUAGGUAGAAUAUUGAUCGAUGCGCCUGCACUGGCCCCGACUUGAUUCACUGGUUUUAUGGUACAUUGGCGAAUUUUACCCACUUGAAGUUUUUCUAUAAUUCCACUUGUGUUCAUAUGUCAGUUGCACCUGGGAUUUU